AUCACAACCCCAAAAUGACAAUCACCCUCCCCACAGUCCUCAUAACCGGCUGCAGCGCCGGCGGAAUCGGCUCCGCGCUAGCCGAAACCUUCCACGCGCGAAACCACCACGUCUUCGCAACCGCCCGCUCCAUGGCCAAACUCUCCCACCUAUCGCAGUACCCCAACAUGACGCUCCUCACGCUGGAUGUAACCAAACCCGAGGAUAUCUCCGCCGCCGUGGAAACAGUAUCCUCUCUCACAAGCGGGACAUUAACCUACCUCAUCAAUAACUCCGGUGUACCGCUGACCCUACCAGCACUGGACACUCCGCUCGAGAAAGCAAAAGAACUCUUCGAUGUGAAUUUCUGGGGUGUGGUGGGUAUGACAAAUGCUUUUGCCCCGUUGGUUAUCAAGGCCAAGGGGACGAUUGUGAAUAUUUGUUCCUUGGGCGGCGUUAUGCCUGUUCCGUGGAAUGCAUUCUAUACAUCCUCCAAAGCAGCCCUAAAAUCCUACAGCGAGUCUCUACGUCAAGAACUCGCGCCUUUCGGGGUAAAGGUUGUCAUCGUGAUGACUGGUGUCGUGGGGUCGAAUCUUUGGACGAAGGCGCCGGAUCUGGAUCUUAAGGGGUCGAUGUAUGAAGGUGCGAAGAAGGAGAUUGUGGAUAUGGCGACGGGUCAGGUGGUGAAGGAUGCGAUGGCGCCGUCGGAGUAUGCGAGACGGGUGGUGGAUGAUUUGCUGGCUGGGAAGAGUGGGUUGGUUUGGAGGGGCAAGAUGGCGAGUAUUACCUGGUUUUUGACCUCGUUUAUGCCGGGGUGGGUUAUGGAUCGGAUGUUGGUUGCUGGGAGUGGGGUGGAGAAGUUGGGAUGAUGGAGGGGGUGGUGUUCAGGGUUGAGUGUUGUUUGACUCUCCUCUCCUUGUUUCGUUAUGGGGGUGGAAAAGUAAGUAUCUGUGAGAAUUGAUGUAUUUUAGUAUGUGGAUGGCUUUUUACUCGGUUGAUGGGGUAAGAGGUGUAUGAAUAGGAACUGAAUGUAUAUAGCCCAGCAAGUAAUCAGUAAUGCAAUUGCUGGCAGGAUGCUAGAUAAAUGUUGGAAACAUUGAAUGGAAUAUCUGGAAUAUGUUUAAG